GUCCUUCUUCUUACCCCGAAAAAGUAAAGUGUUUGAAAGUUUGUGCUCUUUAGGAUGGGCGAGGGUGGUCUUCUUUGGGGAGGAGGGGGGUGUGGUGCAGUAAGAAACGAGACCAACUUGCAUUGAUCAGACGCUCACAUCGUCCCGGACAAAGAUGCAGACAACGGCGCUGUCCCUUUCGCGAACAUAAACUUUUGGUUAACUUUGGAAACCAGAGAAAAGAGCAGGAGCGGUGCGUCAACAGGUGGUUACGCGGAGACAGGGUGCUGCAGACGCCGCUACGAUGCUGCUACCGUGCGCUGCCCUGGUCAUCCUGGCUUUCAGCUUUGAUCUCUCAAACGCAGAGGGCUGUGGGACAUCUUGUGGAAAAUGUGACUGCAGUGGUGUAAAAGGAGCAAAGGGUGAACGUGGGUUUCCUGGACUUCAGGGUAACAUGGGUUUUCCAGGAAUGCAUGGACCUGAGGGGCCAGCAGGGCCAAUGGGCCCAAAGGGAGAUACUGGCGAGCUGGGAUCCCCUGGACUUAAAGGAGUUCGAGGCCCUCCUGGUUUACCAGGUUUUCCAGGGAACCCUGGAUUGCCAGGUAUUAAUGGAAAUGAUGGCCCACCCGGUGCCCCAGGUAUCCCAGGAUGCAAUGGGACAAAAGGAGAAAUAGGCAGAGAUGGUACCCCUGGUUUUCCUGGACUUCAAGGACCUCCGGGUAUCCCAGGAAUACCAGGAAUGAAGGGCGACCCUGGUGGUGUUCUCGGGAUAGUUCCGCUCAAAGGGGACAGAGGAUUCCCUGGUACUCCUGGCCUUCCUGGCCCUACGGGACCACCUGGACGCACUGGACCCAGUGGACCUCGAGGGGAUCAAGGACCAAAAGGUGAUCCUGGCCCUCCCGGUCUCCCAGGAGAAAAAGCAGACAAGCUGUCGUUUGUGAGUCAGAAAGGAGACAAGGGUGACCGGGGACUGCGUGGCCCUCCUGGCCCACCAGGCCCAUACACUGGUCUCGAAGGAUCUACCACAGUCUACAUUCCUGGUCCACAGGGCAACAGGGGAUUCCCAGGAGAGAAAGGAGAGAAGGGCUUCUGUAUACCACAUCUUGAUGGGGUCAAAGGUGAAGCUGGCCCACCUGGAUCAAGGGGAAAACCUGGCAAAGAUGGAGAUCCUGGGUUAAAGGGAGAAAAAGGUUUUACCGGAGCUCCUGGACGAGAUGGCUUAUCGGGUGAAAAGGGAGAGAGAGGACCCCCAGGUUAUGGUAGUGGAGCUCCUGGCCCUCCAGGGCCUCGUGGUCUCCCAGGACUGGAAGGAGAGAAAGGUUUUCCUGGUCCCCAAGGAGAACCUGGCCCGCCAGGACGUCACAUUGAGGGACCAAGAGGAGAGAAGGGUCUUAAGGGAUAUCCUGGUGAAAAAGGACUCCCAGGAUUAGAUGGAGUAUCUAUGAUUGGGCCUCCCGGAGAACCAGGACCACGUGGAGAAACUGGAGCUCCUGGACCUAUAGGCAAUAUUUAUGAGUGCAACAUCCAAAAGGGGCCUCCAGGCCCACCUGGACCCCCAGGUCUGCAGGGAGAGCUGGGACAGAAAGGUGACAAAGGAGAUACUUGUGUCCUGUGUGAGGGUCAGGUGGCCCCUGGUUUACCAGGCCCUACUGGCCAGAAAGGAGAGCGAGGACCUCCUGGUGCAGUUGGUGGCAAAGGUGAAAAGGGUGAACCUGGAGUGACUGGAACCCCUGGCAGACCUGGAACCCAAGGCGUCCCUGGAUUAAGAGGGUCUCCUGGUGCUGUCGGUGAACCUGGGGACAUCAUUGUGGCUCCGGGUCUGAAGGGAGAGAAGGGACUGCCAGGUACACCUGGCUCUCCAGGAAGGCCUGGGCUUGACGGACUACCUGGUCGAGAUGGCCUGCCAGGGACACCUGGUCUCAAAGGAGAACCUGCUAAAGAAGGCAUCAAGGGUGAGCGAGGACCAGAUGGAGACCCUGGUCUUAUUGGACCUCCUGGGGAGAGAGGUCCACCUGGAGUCCCAGGGUUUGGCCGUCCAGGUGAACCUGGAGAAAAGGGAACUUCAGGCAAUCCAGGUCUUCCUGGAGCUCCUGGACCACCUGGUAGCAAAGGUGAGCCAGGCCAGGGCAUAAGUACCCCAGGACCUCAAGGUGCUCCAGGGCCACGUGGAGAACCUGGUUUACCUGGACUUCAAGGGGACAGGGGACCUCAAGGAGACCAAGGGGCACCAGGUUUCCCUGGUCAAAAGGGUGAUCCAGGAUCUCCAGGAAUUGGAAUGCCUGGACCCACUGGUGCCAAAGGAAUCAGUGGAAUUCCAGGAGCUCCAGGAAUACCAGGAGAACCAGGAAAACCAGGUCGUGAUGGUCUUACGGGACAACCAGGUCCACCAGGUCAAAAGGGUGAACCAGGCCGUGGUCUGCCAGGGCCUAAAGGUUCUCAGGGUCCCGCUGGAUUCCCUGGUUUCCAAGGUGAGAAAGGUAGUAAUGGACUUCCCGGCAUCCCUGGAAGAGAGGGUCCAACUGGUCCACCAGGCCCUCAGGGAAUUAAAGGUGAUGUGGGUCCCCCUGGUCCACCUGGACAGUUGGGGACACCUGGUCCACCUGGCAAAGGAACCCCUGGAGCCCCUGGACCACAAGGACCACCUGGAGAGCCAGGCCCAUCAGGUAGAGAAGGAGUUAAAGGGGAAAAGGGCUUCCCAGGACCUCCUGGUUUAGACAUGCCUGGACCUCAAGGUGAGAAAGGAGCACCGGGUUUUCCAGGGUCACCUGGCUCCAAAGGCCUUCCAGGUCCUCCAGGUUUAACAGGCAGAGAUGGACUUCCGGGAAGUCAAGGGUCCAAGGGUGAAAUGGGAGUUAUAGGGACACCCGGAGUGCCAGGCUUCCCUGGAUCGCCAGGUGUACGUGGAUCUCCUGGUCUGAGAGGUGAUCCGGGUUUUACUGGGCCCAGAGGUGAUAUAGGAGAGCCUGGACCGAAAGGUGAAAGAGGAGAGCAGGGUCUUCAGGGACCACCAGGAAAUAUGUCUGUAGUGGACAUGGAGCACAUGAAGGGAGAUAAAGGAGACCCUGGAGACCCAGGAAAUCCUGGUGCUAGUGGACCGAAAGGAAUCAGAGGAAUGCCUGGAGACCCUGGUAUGCCAGGGAAAGACGGAGAGCCUGGUUUACCUGGACAUUCAGGUGACAAAGGAGACCAAGGAAUUCCUGGGGAGCCUGGCAGCAUAGGAACACCUGGGCAAAAAGGAACUGUAGGAGAAAUGGGUAUACCAGGUCCUGUUGGUCCGAAGGGCACAAAGGGUGACGUGGGUACACCAGGUCAUCCAGGGUUUAGAGGUCAAGAUGGACAAAAGGGAGAUGAAGGUGUACCUGGUGAACCUGGUAUUGGCGUCCCUGGACAUCCAGGAGAAAAGGGUCCACCAGGCCAGCCAGGAUUCCCAGGAAUUGCUGGAGAGAAGGGUCAGAAGGGUCAAAUGGGAAUGCCAGGCCAACCGGGUCUACAGGGCACAAAGGGAGAGAAGGGCACCAUUGGAUUUCCUGGUCAGCCAGGGAUACCUGGAGAAAAGGGUACUUCAGGGUUGCCCGGCUCUCAGGGAGAAACAGGACUCGAUGGCCGACCAGGUGAGCCUGGUCUUUUGGGCCCCCCCGGUCCCCCUGGUGAGAAAGGAGACCCAGGAGUCGAUGGGAUCCCUGGAUCCUCUGGAGAGAGGGGAGAACCAGGUACACCUGGACAAGGCUUCCCCGGGAAACCAGGUGCAGCCGGCAUCAAAGGUGAUAAAGGAAGCCCUGGUUUUCCUGGCACUCCUGGGCAUCCAGGUGUCCCUGGGGUCAAAGGUGAUAAAGGCUUUCAAGGCCCACUAGGUCCUCAGGGAGAACCAGGAGAGCGGGGACUGCCAGGGGUCUCUUUGGAAGGCCCUAAGGGAGAUAAGGGAGACAGUGGACAACCAGGGGACCCAGGACCCCCUGGUGUCCCUGGCAUUACUGGAGUCCCAGGAAGAGAUGGACUAAAAGGGGAUAAAGGAGACCAGGGUCGCCCAGGAUUUCAAGGCGAGACAGGGCCGAAGGGUGACUUUGGGACUCCUGGCCUUCCUGGUCAACCAGGUCUUCCAGGUGUUGAUGGACAUAAAGGAGAAAGGGGGCAACAGGGCGCCCCAGGUUUUAGAGGUGAAAAGGGUCCUGUGGGAGAAAUUGGCUACAAAGGAGAGCUUGGAGACAGUGGAUUCCCUGGGGACAAGGGUAAUCAAGGCCCCCCUGGUCCUCCUGGCCCCCACACUUUCAUCAAAGGAGACAUGGGGCCACCUGGAAGCCAGGGUUUUCCUGGACCAAAAGGAUCCAUUGGAAAUAUAGGACCAAAGGGUCUACAAGGUAUCACUGGCAUCCCAGGGCCAAAAGGUGAAGAUGGCCUCCCGGGUUACAAUGGUCAGCCUGGGGCCAAAGGAGAGCCAGGCCUUCCUGGACCGCAAGGAACAAGAGGAUUUCCAGGACCUCCUGGGCCUGAUGGUGUGCCAGGUCAAGUAGGUCCACCUGGACCCUCUUCCAUGUAUCAUGGGUUUUUGGUUACCCGACAUAGCCAGUCUGUGGAGGUCCCAGUGUGUCCCGAAGGAACGUCACCGAUUUAUGACGGCUACUCCCUGCUUUAUGUGCAGGGCAACGAGCGCUCUCAUGGACAAGACCUGGGUACGGCGGGGAGCUGUCUCAGAAAGUUCAGCCCAAUGCCAUUUUUGUUUUGUAACAUCAACAAUGUGUGUAAUUUUGCCUCCCGAAAUGACUACUCAUACUGGCUCACCUCGCCUGAGCCGAUGCCCAUGAGCAUGGCUCCGAUCACAGGGCAAAGCAUUAAGCCUUUCAUCAGCAGGUGCACUGUGUGUGAAGCCCCAGCCAUGGUCAUAGCUGUUCAUAGUCAGACCAUUAUGAUCCCACCCUGUCCAAAUGGGUGGGAUUCUCUGUGGAUUGGUUACUCUUUUGUCAUGCACACGAGUGCUGGUGCAGAGGGGUCUGGUCAGGCUCUGGCCUCUCCUGGUUCUUGUCUUGAGGAGUUCCGCAGUGCUCCAUUCAUUGAGUGCCAUGGCCGGGGAACCUGUAACUACUAUGCAAACUCCUACAGCUUUUGGCUUGCCACCAUAGAAGACAGCGAGAUGUUCACGAAACCUGUUCCAACAACGCUAAAGGCUGGGAGUCUACGUACACACAUCAGCCGUUGUCAGGUGUGCCUGAAGAGGACAUUGGCCUAGUGCUACAGCUUUAGAUUCCUGCUUCAUGUGGCUCCUGUCUCCAGAAGAUGGUGCUAUUUCACAGUCAAUGAAACAGAACAGGGACAGAGACAUGGCUUGGAGAACAGCUGGAAGUUUGAACCAAAAACAAUGAGACAAAACCUUUUUCCAGAACUUGUGUUGAAAGACUGGCGCCGGGUUUACCACUGCACUGAAUACACUUAUGAACUGGUAAACCUGUGUCCUUUUGAUAUGCUUUUGUCUGGUGCUAAUCAGUCUCACUUCUAUGCCUUCAUUACACGUCCAGCAAGGAUAUAAUAAUCUUUUAUCGUCACAUUUUUGUAAACAAUGGGACUUACCACUGGUGUUAUGCUAAUGCACACUAUGCCCAAUAACUACAGCUAUGUAUGUGUCACUCUGUAAAUAUGAUGAAUUUCUUACUACAUAGUCCUCAGGUUAUCAUGGAAAUUGUCUUUGUGUGGUUACUUUAUUUAUAAGAGUUAUAAAAAUACUUAUGGUGUAUCAAAACAGUGUUCUUCUGACCACCAAGCAGAUACUUACAACAGGAAACAGCACUGAAACUGAAUUGGCAGGUGUGUGACUGAACUUAAGAAUGUAUGAGUGAACUAUGUUAUGAGUGCCUGCUAUGUUAUGUUGAAUUGACCCAAAAUGUACAUGUACCAUUUUGAUCCCCCCCAAACACAUGUAUAUACUGUUGUUAAUGUUAUAAUGCUUUUGUACUAGAUUUAUCCAAUUUCCAUUGUUUUGUUGUUUCUAUCACAUACAGAAACAUGAAGAGUACUAUUUAAACACCAAACAUUCAUUCCCUCCCUUGUAUGUUUUGCCAAUCCAUUGUGUGAAUUUCUUUCAAUAAAGUGAUUUGUAGAUACUUUUAACAAAUUUUA